UAAUUGCAAAUUUUGUCCACAACAUUUGCAUUUUACUAAUCAAUCCAUUUUUUGGUAGUGGGGAACAAAAUCAGUGUUGAUAGUAGGUUAGCAUUUGGAGCAAACAAGAAGGUUAUUGAGGCAGAAGUUGCAAGAAAGAAACAAGAGUAUAUGCAAAAUGAGGAGCUUGCUCACAUUUUUGAACUUUAUAGAUCAAUGCAGGUUAGAUUUAAUAUAGAAAUAGCUAUUGGAUCUUCACCAAAGGCUGUUGCAUUAAAAUCAGCCACAAAGCUAAAGGCUACUUGGUUGAUACUAGACAGGAAAAUGAAGAAUGAUGAGGAAUACUUCCUUAAGAAGCUUUAUUGUGGCAUAUCAAGAAUAAGGAGUUACGACAGAAUUGUAUGUAUAAGAGGACCGAUUGAUACGCCUCAACAAAAAAGAUCAUAUAGAAGCUCUGAAACAUAUGCAGACAGUAGUAUACCAGCAUAUGACUUUUCAACUGACCUAGAGUUUUUCACCAUUGACAUUUUCUCCAAUAGUAAUGUAAACUAUGAGAUGUAUCAAGAUCAAGGACAGAGACAAAAGAUUCACCUUAAAGAAAAUAGGCACAAUGAGCAAGAGAGGGUCCUAAAACAGAAACAUGAGUUCAAAGAGAACAAUAGCAAAAUGCAAGAAUAUGAAAGCUUAAGCACAAAUGUUUAUCAAAAAAGUGAAAGAUACUUAUAUUCUGGUGGAGCUAGGAACUUUUUUCUUGGAGGAGCUAAAAAAUAUACAGUAUGUGAACAAUUUUUUAAAUUUUGAGUAAUUUUCACAUAUAUUAAAUUAAUUUCAAGCAUUAUAUAUAUCCUCACUUUAGGGGAAAAGGCAUUAAUAUUGAUGUUGUUGUAUGCUUCUAUGGAUCAUUUACA